AUGGAAUACAGCGUACAGCUGACAUUUCGAGAAUCUUGGGUUGAUGGCCGAUUAGCUUAUGGGCUUCCCGGCGAUAAUAAACCCGAUUUUCUUAUUCUUACAGCUGGACAACAAAUUUGGAUGCCUGAUAGUUUCUUUCAGGUAGGAUUUGCACCAUUACUUGUACUUGGAAAAAGCAAAUGGAAUUAUUUUCAGAAUGAAAAACAAGCUCAAAAGCACAUGAUCGAUAAGCCAAAUGUGUUGAUUCGAAUACAUAAAGAUGGCCAAAUUCUCUAUUCUGUUAGGAUAUCGCUAGUGCUUUCAUGUCCAAUGCAUUUACAGGUAACUAAUGAAAUUUAUACUCAAAAGUAUUUGUGA